AUGCCUUCUGUAUCGUAUUCAUCAAAAGUGGAGAAUUGCGAUGAAUGUAUCGAUCUUCGAUCAGACACCGUCACAAGGCCGACACCCGAAAUGAGACAGAUCAUGGCCAAUUCAAUCGUCGGUGAUGAUGUUUAUGGAGAAGAUCCGACAAUCAAUGCUUUAGAAGAAAGAUGCGCUAAACUCUUCAAGAAAGAAGCUGGUAUUUUUGUCUGUUCGGGCACAAUGGGCAAUCUUCUUGCCGUUCUUUCGCAUUGUCAACGUGGAGAAGAGAUUAUUGUUGGGAAACAAUCGCAUAUUCAUCGAUGGGAACAAGGAAAUUAUGCUCAAUUUGGGGGAGUCAGUGCAAUGACGGUAGAGAUUGCGAACGAUGGAACGUUGCCGUUGAAAGAGAUUGAGGCGUCGAUUCGUGGCGGAGAUUCGCAUCUACCAACGACGAAACUUAUCUGCCUUGAGAAUACUCACAAUUGGGCCGGCGGGAAAGCGUUAUCGAGAGAGUACCUCAGAUCUGUUCGCGAGCUGGCCGAUCAUCACAAAUUGAAGGUUCACUUAGAUGGAGCGAGAGUCUACAAUGCGGCCGUUGCCACAGGAAUGGAUGUCUCAGAGAUUGCGAGCUAUGUGGACUCAAUUCAAAUGUGCUUCUCAAAGGGUUUGGGAUCUCCAGUCGGUUCGAUUGUUGUUGGGGAGAAGAAAUUCAUCGAUCUCGUUCGACACAAGAGAAAAGCUGUCGGUGGUGGAUGGCGUCAAGCGGGAAUCCUGGCCGCAGCCGCCAUGUAUUCCCUCGAUCAUGCUAUCAAGACGGUGACACGGGAUAACAAAAAUGCGGCUAUUCUGGCAAAAGGUUUCAACGAUCGAACGCCGAAUCAUCUGAAAGAAGCCCUGCACGCAAAUGAGGAAGGAUUGACAAAUAUUGUGGUGGUUCGUUGCGCGAAUGGGGUCACACCGAGUCAGAUGGUUUCCUUUUUCCAAGAGCGCAGAGUGUUGUUCAUGGUUUUCGACGAUCAUCGAGUGAGACUUGUGACCAAUUGGGGAUUGACUGAUGAGCAUAUUCCGAUUAUUUUCGAGGUCUACGAGGAGUUCAUCAAAACGUUGCAC